AUGCAAAUGUAUUACGCUUAUCCUGUCCCAUCUCCUAAAGUUAAUAGCAAUUUUGAUGACACGGGAACAUCUGGGUACGAUUACAGAAACCAAAAUGGAGAAAGGACAUCCAACAACCGCGCAACGGAUACAGAAUCUCUAACAAAUGUCAAACUAUUAAAUUCAAAGGCAGAAGCAGAAAACACUCCGGUCAAUGUAGCAAUGAAAAACGCGGGUAACACUGGUUAUUCAAACGCUAUAUCCACUGCUGGAGUUUCAGAAGGAUCUGGUUAUAAUUACAAUGCAGGUCAACCAAGCAAAGACAGUGGAAUUAGCCCAUCAAGUACCGGGCCCGUUGCCAACGUUGGUGUUACAGUGUCGGAUCCUACAGGAUACAAUUAUGAGGGCCAAAAUAUGGUUUCAAGUCAAGCGACCUUAAAUACAGGAUAUUCGACCCCCGCAAGUGUAGAGAAUUACUCUGGAUAUAAUUAUGAGAGGCAAAAUACUGCCCAAGUCAUUAAUUAUAAUGUAAAUACUGAAACUCAAACUCCUACGAUUCCUUCAACCAAUUCAGGUUAUGCUUAUGAAAAUCAAAACAAUGCAAAGGUUCGUGAAAAUAAAGACACGGCAAAUAUUGGACCCUUAAAUAAUAAAAACCCAGGCUAUAAUUAUCCGACAGGAAAAGGAACGACUCAAACGUCACAAAUAAAAGCGAAUGCUAGUUUUGGAACCAAUCCAACCGAAAUCUUAAGUAAGACUGGGUAUAAUUAUGAGAGACGAAUAUUAAUGAAUAGUAAUUCGGAGACAGAUUUUGAACCCACUUAUUCGUCUGGAAGUAAUAAUAAGAAUGAUGACCUAACUUCUAUAAACUCUCAAAGGCAGUCACAAGGACCGAAAUACAAUUCCCAAAGUCUCCCUUCUACAAACUAUUUGCCAACAUCGGAAAAUGUUUAUAAGCUUCCUGAAUCUUAUUUACCAGUUAAACCAACAUCUAAAGUUCAAACUUCCAGACCUAUCCCUCAAAGCACAGUAACACGGGCCCCUUUAAAGAAAAGUUACUUAACGCCAAAUACAAUGGAUAUCCCUAAAGAGUCGACAACACAUAUGACGUCAGGCGAUAUUCAAAAUAUUCAGACUACUAAUGAGUAUAUUCCACCACCUAUGUUGGAACCUAUUCCAAAACCCAGCCUGCAAUAUCUAACACCAAAUAAAAACCAAAAAAAAUGA